AUGAGUCGCUCGCAGGCAUCGCUGGCGCUGCUGCUGGCGCUACUAACGUCCAUCGCGUCCGCGCUCGUGAUAGAGAGCCCGGACUGCCGUCUAAUGACGCAUGUCUCUGGCGAGUUCACCAACCUCACGAUGCUGGAGUCCGGCGGAUUGAAGAACUUGGAGAUCGUACCAGUGGUCCCAUUCACGGCAUGCGAACCGCUGCGUGGCCAGGAUCUGACGGGCAAAGUGGCGCUCGUGUUGCGUGGCGACUGCAACUUUGUACAAAAAGUGUGGCACGCCCAACGCGCCCACGCAGCUGCCGUCGUAGUGAUGGACAACGAGCUGCGGCACGAACCUCCGUACCAUAUUAUCAUGAUGAAGGAUGAGAUGGCGAGCAGUAUCCGCAUCCCGUCGGUCUUCAUCUCGUAUGUGUCUGGUGAGUGGCUACUAGACGCCAUGAGUCGAGCUGUGCCCUGGAACCCGCUACGGAUGACGCUCGAUACUAAUGGAGAACUACCACAAGCGUCAACGUCGAAUCGCUUGCUGAAGCGUGUGAUCGCCUACAUUUUCCUCAUUUCUAUCGUCUGCGCGUUCUCCAGUGGGCUGAGUUUGCUGUCGUCGGCGAUUUUCCAGUGGGUUGGCAAGACCCGGCGAACGCGUGCAGCCAAGCAGCUGCCGAUCGCCAAAUACGAGCGAAACAUGCAACGCACACUGCUGGAACACUUGCUGGAAGAGCAAUUCGUGCUUGAUCGCAUCCCACUAGCCGAGAUUGAGAACGUUUCCAAGACAAGCGACCGACAUACGGAAACUGAACCAGAUUUCAGCACUGAGAUGACUGCAAGUUCACAAGAGGGAGAUACAGUCCCUGAUGAUAUUUAUCUCGAGAAGGAAGAACAGAUGCAGCAAAAGGAAGAGCCACAAACGGACGGAAUCACUUAUCGGAGCUCGACUGACUCAGAAGCGGAGACUUGUCCAAUAUGUCUGGACGACUUUGAAGACGGAGCGGAUGUUAAGGUUCUCCCGUGCCAGCAUUUCUUCCACGUCGACUGCAUCAACCCGUGGCUCGAAGGUCGAAGUGGACGCUGUCCACUCUGCAAGCAAGACGCUAUUGCUACCAUCGCUGGCGCAUCUAAGAAGAUCUUCGGCUUUCCGUUGCCUCGUGUUGACCAGAUUCUUCAGCAGGAACAUUGGGUCCACACGUUCUUCCUCAUGCUGCCUGCAAGUUUUAUCAGCUGCUUAAUUGUCAACGCCGCCGCCUCCAUCAUCGGCACCAUGUGGCCGUAA